AUGUACAACGCCUUGACAAGCAUGACAAGCGCGACAAACAUGAUUCAAACAGCUACCGCUACCAACGGUGUAAAUGUGGCGGUUGCUCUCUCUCUCUCUCUCUCUCUCUCUCUCUCUCUCUCUCUCUCUCUCUCUCUCUCUCUCUCUCUCUCUCUCUCUCUCUCUCUCUCUCUCUUUCGCUUUGGCGCAUUUAAGAGCCACGUGCACGUGGGGCGACAAGCAGCAUUUCUGCGCGGACUCCCAGUCUUGGUCGCUGUCAAGCACUCGCUGCCCGCCUUCCAGCCGUUGCACCCGCAAUCUGUCACAAUGGCGAUGGAACUGGCGGAGAACGUCAUCCUACCACGGCCUGACACGCUUGUGCUGCGGAACAAGGAUGCCGUUUUGAACUGGAAAUCCACCUUUCCCUUGCCCAAGCGCAUCGAGGCUAUUCGCAACAUCCGAACCCUCAAAAUCAGCGAAGAGGCUUGGGAAGAGAUGCUAGACUUUUCCGAAAGCCGGGUAGAGUAUCUCUGGUUGACCUCUGUAUCAGUCCCCUGGAACCAAAUCGAGCGCUUUUGCCAGGCCUUUAUCGCCGCCAUCUCCUUUGAGGGCCAGAUUACGGUCCGGGAGAUUGAGAGCUUCGACCUCAAGUUUACAGAGUCAGAUGAGCGCCCGGCCUUGACCGACUUUGCCCGCACGGGCCGGGGCUUUGCCACCCUCAAUCAACUACGGGGCCUCACCAGCAUGCUACGCACACUCAAAGUCUACGUUACCGUUGAUGCCGGCCCCCUGCAGCUCACAUUCUGGGACCAUUUCCUCUCCACCCCGGGCCUCGAAACUUCCAUUGAGAAGCUGGUUAUUCUGACCAACUCGCGCAACAUCUUUGCCGUCCCCAAUGCCCAAACCGUCGGCACAUGCCUGAUUCGCUACAUCUCCCGUUAUCGUGCCUUGCGUGAGCUGAGUUUGCAUGGCCUCUGGACACAGGUUCAGACAGUUCUAGUUUCCCAGGUGCCCCGUGGCCAACUCUCCCUGUUGUCUAUAAGCCCCCUGCCCACGGACGAUAGCUUUCAGCUGCAUCGAGAUGUUAUGAAACACAUGCACCGUGAGGCUCGCGGCCAAACUCUUGGCUUUUAUGGCGUCAACGGCAUUCCUGCAGCCGUCAAGCCUUUUGCCGCCGUGCCCGCCAGCGUGCUUGUCAUUGACCUGACGACAGUGCGCAAACUCAACGGCAACGCCAUCAUUGCGCAGCUUGCCCAGGCUCCCGGCCCCUUUGCUUGCGAGAACCUCUACUUUCGCCGCAAGGGCAGCAAGGAGCCACUUGAAGAUCUUGCUGACCGACCUCUCCGCGAAUCUUGGUCCCUCAUUCUGGACAAAGUCGAGUCUAUUGUCUUUGAGUGCCGCUUUGACUUUGAAACCUCGAGCCAAAAGGUUUGGGACGCCACGUUUUGCUCCAUCAUGACAGCCAUUGCUGAUCACGAGGGUCCCUGUCGCCUCAAGCGCCUGCGCUUUGAGGACUGUGUCAUGGACGAGGAGGCCACUGGUCACAACGAAAUGAUGGACAUUUGUCGUCGGGCCUUGGACAAGCUGCAGAAUGCCUACGAUAUUCACAUCCCUCUGACCAACAAGUUCAAGGAUCGCUACAUGUUUGGUCUCGCCGAUUGCGUCCUCCACCGUCAAUGGUCGCCGCAAAUGCAUCGCUGGUGCUGCAAGGAUUUGAUCCGCCGUCCCUUCGUCAUUAUCCUUUUUGCCCUCUCAAAAUACCCCCUUUCCCGCACCAUGCCUCGCGACUUGGUGACGUGCUUCCUACAACACUGCUUCAAGGUGUUUAUGAACUUUGACGAGCAGGGCCAGCCACAUUUGCCCGAUGCUGAAAUUCGCCGUCGUCUUUUUCUCCCUCUGAUGGGAGGCAUGGCUGACGAGGCUGAAAAGCCAGAUGCGGGCGAGGCUCAACAGCCUGCCGCUCCAGUUCGGCGCCGGCGAACCGCCCGAAAAAGCAUGACGGUCAUUCCCAACUUUGAGCGCCAAAACUGGUUGGCAUUCAAGCUCUAUACCCAGGAGCGGUUCGACGAAUGCAUGCACUUGUGCGAGCGCGGGUUAGCCCGCGCCCAUGGGCAAAAUUCGUAUUUGCUUUACAUCAAGGGCAUGGUGCAGCGCAUGCAGGGCGAUGUCACAACUUCACUCGAAACCCUGCAACAAGUCUUGGCCCAGGACGGCACCAACGCCCAAGCGGCGUUGCAGGUUGCGCGCAACAUGUAUCUCUUGGGUCGCUACAAGUCCGCCAUUGGUGUGUACAGCAAACUUGAGCAGCUCAUCGACCCCAGUGAGCUUUGGCGUGUCCACCGCGACAAGGCAGCAUGUUUCCUCCGAAUGGACCUGUUGGUAGAUGCAGAGCAGCUUUGCGUGCGAGCUGUAGAAACCAUGCCUAACGUGACGACUCUCAGCCUCUUGGCUCAAAUUCGAGUGGCAAGGAAUGACCUGAAGGGUGCCGUUGUGGCACUGACACAAGCACAGAGUGUGGCCCAGGAGAACACGACCAUCAUGAUCGAGCUGGGCUUGCUGCACCUGCGAUUGGGAGAAGGGGGACGAGCCUUUGAGCUCUUUGGCACUGCCCUCUCCUACGACCCGCGAGAUACCAAGGCGAUUCUGGCGGCCGGUUCCAUCAUCCAAGAUCAAGAUGAUUAUGAUGUGGCUUUGGUUAAGUAUCGCGUCGCUGCUGCACAAACCCCAGAGAGCGCCGAACUCUGGAACAACGUGGGCAUGUGCUUUUUUGGAAACAAAAAGUAUAUUGCGGCCGUGGCGUGUUUGAAGCACGCAGCAUAUUUGGCUCCGUUCGAGUGGAUGGUGGCCUUCAAUCUGGGUCUGGUGCACUUGACGGUGGGCCAACUGGCCAGCGCAUUUCACUUUUUCACCAGCGCGGUCAAUCUCAAAUCGGAUUUUGGACCUUCCUUUGGUCUUCUGGCCGUCACCCUGCACAAGCUCGGCGACUACAUCAAUGCCAUUGCUGCUUUUGAAAAAUCGCUCCAGCUUGCGCCGGAGGACCCGAUUACAUUACUGAACUACAUUAUUAUGCUCUUGGAUGCCGGCGAGAAGGAUCAAACCAGUGAACUGUGGAACCGCUUUAAGCGCGUGGCUCAUCAGCGCCAAAGCUUUUUGGAUAUGCACCUGCACCGGUAUACCCCUAGCGCUCAAAAUUCCGGCGUGUCCACACAGAAUGACAACCCGGACAUCAAGGCGACCGCCAAGCGCGUAUCCAGCCUGCUCAAAACAACCGCGUAA